AGCUAAGAAAUAGAUGAGAAAAAUUUAAAUGGGUAGAAAAUGCAUAAAAGAUGAAAAAAGUAAAGAAAUUUAAAUAAUUAUUAUUUCAAAAAAAUUAACGCUUACGUUGGAUUAGAUAAAAAGAGAAUUGAGUUUCAUCUUCCUUAAUUUAUAGAAUAGAAAUAUCUGUUUAUGAUAGCAAAAAUUAAAUCUAAUUUUUAGCAAGGGGAAUUAAAUUUAUUAUCCAAUCAAAUAAGAUAAUAAGCUACUUAUAGAAAUUCCGAAAUUGGUAUUGAAAAAUAUUCACAAAAAUAAAUUAUACAAGAAGUAGCUGACUUGUUUGUGAAAUUAGG